UGAGUCGAAUUGCUAGUUAUUUAGGCAGUGCAAUAUUUUAUAGGGAUAAGAGCAAGGACGAAGUUCUGUAACAUGGAUAAGACCAAUGUCUGGAGUUCUGCAGUAUGGAUAAGUGCAAGGGCGAAGUAGCCUAACCGCUUACGAUAGCAGGGCAUCGGAGUUGCAGUAGCGAGCAUUUUGUAAUGGUCGUGCAAGAAGAGCAACCAGGUUAAAGCCAAGGUAAGAAUGGCAGUUCGUCUUUUAGACAUCGCCUUGUUUCCAAAGCUGUUGAGCGCACCACCGAAUAAAUGCGCCACAACGAAAAUAAGUUUAUGUCCAAACAAAAAUUUAAGUUGUCCAUGGAAAUCUUCGUACAUUUCUUCACAUCAUUUAAAGAAUUCAAAAUAUUUGAUUUGCCGCGCUGCUAAAGAUGUUAAAACACGAAACCCCACUUCAGAAAACAUAUCUUUCAGAGAGGCUGCUGUGGAGGGCAUUGUGGGUUUUAGCCAGGGGCGAGACGAAGAUGCCGAUUGCUUGGUAUGUCCCGGCUGCGGAGUUUUCAUGCAGGACGAGGAUCCUGAAGCUCCUGGUUUCUUUCUUCGUCCUAUCCAGAAAGAUGUCUUAGAAACCCCAAAAGCGGAAGAAGACGAUGGAGGAUUUUUCCAAGAGGAAUGGGAUAGUGAGGAUGAACACCUGGAUUCGGUCGAAGAAGAUUUUAAUGAAAUUGUGGAUGAAGAAGAUUUUAAUGAAAUUAUGGAUGAAGAGGAUUUAGAUGAAUACACCGACGUAGACGAAGAAGAAUGGAAGACGGAACUUAAAGGUAAAGGUUUUAGAGAAGAAACUCUAGAAGAAAAGGUUUUGUGGAAAGACAGAGAGAAGAUUCUAAAAGCCGAGGGGGAAGAUGAAGACGAUGAAGGCUUCGGAGAAGAAGACGACGAUGGUGAGAUCAUUGAUGAAGAAGACGAAGACGAGGAAGGGGAAAAUAUGGAGGAGUGGUCGGAUAUGACUACUUUGGUGGAUGAAGAAGAGGAAUGGAAAAGAAAACUCCAACUCGAUGCUUUUGCACCAGCUGGGCUAGGUUAUGGCAACAUCACAGAAGAAACUAUAAAAGAAAAGGUUUUAAAAAGUGAAAGGAAGAAGAAAGCUAAAGCUGAGCAGAAAAAACGUGAAGAAGAAGAAAUGGUAGUGGUCUGUGCACGGUGCCACUCUCUCAGAUAUUACGGCAAUGUGAAGGACCAGAAGGCUGAGAACUUGCUGCCUGAAUUUGACUUUGAAUCUGCUAUGGGCAGUCGACUGAUGAAACCUAGAGGCGUUGGGCGGACUGUUGUGGUCAUGGUUGUCGAUGCCGUGGAUUUUGACGGUUCAUUCCCUCGACGAGCUGCGAAGAUGUUAAAUGGUGCCUUGCAUAAGUCGAGAGGGCUUCGACUGGUUUUGGUGGCCACAAAGGCAGACUUGCUGCCCGGACAGGUUUCUCCUGCCCGAUUGCACAGGUGGGUUCGGCUCCGUGCCCGAGCAGCAGGGGCACCGAAGUUGAGUGGGGUUUUUCUGGUAAGCGCACAUAGGGAUUUGGGUCUGCGAAAUCUGAUUGCACAUAUUAAGGAAUCAGCUGGACCAAGAGGGAAUGUGUGGGUUAUUGGAGCUCAGAAUGCAGGGAAAUCCACUCUGAUAAAUUCUAUCGGGAAGAAGGAACGAGGCAAGGUCACCCAUCUGACAGAGGCGGCAGUUCCGGGCACUACAUUGGGGAUUAUAAGAAUUGGGGGCAUUUUGCCUGCCAAAGCGAAGCUCUAUGAUACUCCUGGACUGCUGCAUUCUUAUCAGAUGACAAUGCGUUUGAACAGAGAGGAGCAGAAAAUGAUAGAAAUUCGCAAGCAGUUGAAACCUAGGACUUACAGAGUGAAGGUGGGUCAAGCUGUACAUGUAGGAGGAUUGAUGAGACUUGAUGUAGACCAAGCUUCAGUUGAAACAAUCUAUAUAACCGUUUGGGCUUCGGUUCAUGUAUCCAUGCAUUUGGGUAAAGUGGAGACUGCAAAUGGGAUAAAAGAAAAACAGUUUGGAGUUAGAUUGCAGCCACCUAUUGGAGAAGAAAGAGUACGGGAACUUGGUGAAUGGAAGCCAAAUAAAGUAAAAGUGUCAGGAAAUACAUGGGAUGCGAAUUCUGUAGAUGUAGCUGUAGCCGGAGUUGGUUGGUUUUCUUUGGGCCUUAAAGGUGAUGCAAGUUUGAGUUUAUGGACAUAUGACGGAGUAGAUUUUACAGUGCGUGAACCAUUGGUCCUUGAUAAGGCACCCUCAUUGGAAAGGCCGGGAUUUUUACUCUCUAAGACAGUAACUAAGGCAAUUAGUGAGAAAUCUAAGGUAAAUUCAAAUGAUUCAAGUAAAAGGAAAAAAGCUAAAUCAAAUAAAGGUAAUACAGAUGAUUUAGCAAUAGAAUUGCUUGAAGAAGAAUUAGGUAAUGCUUAAAUCCUAGCAGUGUUGCCUAUUUCAAUCUAAUAAGAAGGGGUCAUAUGUAUUUUAGUUUUAGUUUUGGAAGGUAUAAAUUGGCAUAUUAUUGUAUCACAGACCCGUGUAAAAUUUCUUUUUAUGGAAGCCUACCAAAUUUACAUAGCCCUUCAUUUGUGGGAAUUAUGUUGCUAAGCUAUCCUUUGUCCAUCAGCGACUUCUAGAAGCUUAAACGAAUUUGUGUGAGGUGAAUAUGGAGCUUGUUUGAUCUACUGCACUACUGUCUAGAAUGCAUGUUAAACCGGUCAAAAUUUGUAUAGCUAAAACUAAAAUGUAUCAAAGUGGUUUUGGUCCGAUCAUGCUUUUCAAAAAGCCUUAAUCCAAAAUUGCGUGAUGUCAGUUUGUACUAUAAAGUUAGCUAUAGGACUUCAUCGAUUCAUAAAUCCACGUUGAUUGAGGAGGGGCGGUUAUAUGCACAAUGCACUGGUCUUGGCAAGAUGUGUGGACUGGAUAUAGCUACCUAAUAAUUAGACUGGUCAACCCAUUUCAAAUGUUGAAAUGAAGCAUCACUUGUCUACUCUGAAAGGAUUUUGUCGUUCAAGGUGGAUCCCAUAUUGACUUACAUACUGAAUUGACAAGAGGCGUUUGUAUACUUAUGUAUGAUACACUGGACUCGGUAAGAGUCGUGGACUUGAUGUAGACCUGUUUAUUGCAUGUUGCAAACGGUACUGCGUAAAGAUAUCCCAACUUUGAAAAAGAAAGAACAAUUAUUAAGUAUAGCAUUUGUUACAUUAAUGAAAUGAUCUAGCUAUUAUACAAGGGUUUGCUAGAUAAACACUACUUGGUUAUUGGUAGUUGUUUCCAAAAGAAAGUUAUCUACAUAACAAAAUAUGAGAGAAAAUCAAGUUUGCAAUAUAUGUAAGGCGGUUGUCAAAUGGUCUGCCUAUGAUUCUAUUGUAUAAGGAGUUGUUAUUGGAGCGGGUAGCAAAGAACCACAAUUUUUACCAAGCAAGAGCAUCUGGAGUUUCUAGAAUCAGAAAUUUAUGCGGACCAGGAUGGUCAGGGGACAGACUAAUCAAUUACUAGCUGCUUAAAGAAGCAGUAGAUUUCAAGUGAGCGCGUUGGUACCAAUUUUUAUAAAAUUUUCCAACAGUCUUAACUCAAGUCUCUUUGAAGUGUUGCUUUGUAUUUUGUUAUCCUUAAUAAUAAGGGCUAUAUCACAAUAAAUAGCAGACCAGUUCUUAUUUAUGA